AUGAAUUCAAUUGUUCGAAAAGUUUGCGUCCUGUUAUUCAUUCUGUCCAAUUACGCCAUCAACUGGAUUCUCGGGAAGGCCCUACAUGAAGAGGACAAUCUCAAGCUUGCAACCCAACGCCGGCGUACUGACCUUGAGUACACCAAUGAUUUCACCUUGCUAUCGUCAAUCUUUGGUGACCUACAGUCUAUGGUUUCACGGGGGGCAAACGUGAGUUCAGAUUGUAUACGGCGGAAUCACCUACUUGACAUUGGAAAGUCAUGUGAUAACGAAAAGAUUGUGUUUCUUUCCGGUGACUUGGUGAUAUGCGAGAUAGGACUGUCCUUCCGAGAAAAAAUGUGUGAGACAAGACAGGGUGGACCAACCGAGGUUCUAGAGGUCACUAGUGCUUCACCGAAGGUCAAGGCAGAUGGAGGAAGUCUGGAUGUCGACCGACUGUUCAGCUAA